UAGGCUACCGGGAUGAACAGAAGGGGUUCGAAUAGGAGAUUCGGCGAGGGGGUGCAUAGGACUUUCCCGGCUCCGUAUAAAGGCCGGUGAUCCUCCAGGGCACGGCGUCACUUUGUGCGAGCUCUGUGCGCAGGUACGAGAUAUUCCGGAAAGUCCGUCGUGGUUACACUGCUUUGCUGUUUCGUCACGCGAAGCCGUUCAAGAGGAAUAUGGGCCCCCUGGUGAAACUGUUUCUUCUAGCCGUUCUGGCGGUGGCGUACGCACAACAGGACUACGACAACUCUCCGCCCGAGCCGUACGAGUUCAAGUACGACGUGCAGGACGAAGAAGGCAACACGCAGAUGCACCAGCAGUCCAGCGACGGCUCGGGAACCGUUCGCGGCUCCUACGGCUACACGGACAAGGACGGGCUGUUCCGCAUCGUCGAGUACAUCGCCGACGCCAACGGGUUCCGAGCCAUGAUCAAGACCAACGAGCCCGGAACCAAGUCCGGGGGAUCGGCCGACGCGCCCGUGGAGUCGUCCGCGCCUGACCAGUAACAAGCUGACGCGCCGACAAGGCGCCGAGGGGUAGAAUGAAGGCGUCGAGGGUAGAGGAGGAGAGUAGGGUAGGGUGUUAGGAAUUAGAAUCAAACAAGGGGGCAGUUCAUUUCGUCACUCCGCCUGCACACGCCUGCGUGACGUAGACUGCGUUGCCUUCAAUUUGAAAAACCAGCGGAGCUCUCUUUUAUCGCGGCCGCUGUAGGGAGUCUACAUGCAAGCAAGCGCUUGCAUGUACGCUCACAUGUAUAGGCUCCCUACCGCCGCAGGCUUUUACUGCGCUACCUCAUGGGAAUGGAGCGUAGUUUACGCGGCACGUGUUUCUUGGUUCGGCCAGGUAAACACACGGAAAGAUACUCAUGUCUUGGGUGGGCGUGGGCUAAGCCUAACGCAUGACGUUCGGGGGGAAUGGUUGCGCUCGCUUGCGGUUCGCUGUGCAUCAAAUCCGGACUGCGCGCACUCGUUCCGGUGCUUCGCCACCCAGCUGAGGUGGUGGGGCGCCCGGUGGCAUCCGGUCCGUGUCUCGGUAAUAAAUGCUUUAGGGUACUCAUGUUGAGCACCGAAAUUACCGAGCGAUACCUCGUGCCUGGUGCGUUCGGAGUAUGUUGCGUUUAUCACCGACACACAAUAAAAACUAGGCAGCAAAUUUGAGCGCUUUAGGGGCACUCAGGUCUAUAGCGUUUAAGGGCUGGACUCGCAUCCCUCCGUUCAAACACAGUGCGUUGUGACGCGUCUGGCGUUUCGCUUCCAAACAUGAACGAUGCAUUCUUAUUUUACAGCCGCAGCUGCGUCGACUUGCGUAUAGGUUCAAAUUUUCGUAAAUGGAUGAAAGUGCGUUGGCUCUGUCUUUUUGCUGGUGUCACGCUCCUUAAUACCGAAGCAGGCUUCGUUUUGAAGCAGCCUGCUGCGAAGAGCUGGCGGAGGCAAUUGCAGUUCAGGGUCGGGCAGCGUCAGGGUACCUGUAUCCGAAGCGCUUCUCUGAUCACGAAAUGCAAAUGGUUUUCAAGUUGGCAGGUUCCAUUUAACUGCUAAAGCGUUACAUUUGAAAAAAAAAAACGGUUACGUGUUCAGCUUACUGUCUCUGCUUGUAACAUUUAAGCACUGCUCCUAAACGGGUUUUAUUUCUCUUAUUUUUGUGCAACACGGCGCGCACAGGAAGAGGAAUUGUUAUGUGAUACACGAAGUUUGCCGUUGCGUGUGAUCGCGACUGCCUUCUUUUUUGCUUCUGUUGCUUUUAUUUUCCGUUAACGAUCCACGCGCAUUAACGCUGGUUUUCUACUGCCAAAUGCGACUAACCGGGACAAAGUGCAAGCUUUGUAGCUUUUCGUGUGCGUGAUGUGUGUCGUCCUGUCCGCAGUGUGGUUGUCGUCAAGAGAAAUUUAUUUAUUUAUUAGCGCUUCUGUGAUGUCAACGGCAGUAUACUAUGUCGCUUACAUAUCUGUGAUGUGCGUGCUUAUAACUAGGAAAAGAAAAGCAGUUCCUGUAGUAGGGGUUUAUGUUGUUUGCCUACGUACUGGUUGUCGCUGUUGUGGUACGUGGUAAAGGGGUUCUUGUGGGCACAACGUUUUUCUUCUCCUGGAUUCAUGAGCGUUAUCUCACCUAACGCUUCUGUUUGCUUCAGCAGUUUGCUUGCUCAUUCAUUACGACCGGCACUGCUGCAACACUCCAGCAGAUACCUUCUAUGUGGUGAUUAGCAUUGCUUUCGUUCGUUUUGUCGCGGUAGUUACUUUUCAGCACACCUUUGGCGAAGCAGUGUUCUGUUCUUGGGUCUGUUAGUACGCUUAAUAAACUUCUAUUUUCGGAAUGUUUC